AUGCAUUUCAAGGAGUCGUUCGCGAUGAGCGAUCGUCCAACCGAGCGCGGCCGGCGCAACUCCCGCUGCAAGGGCGCUGGCGUCAAGAUGGAGCACUUCCAGGCGGCGCUGGAUCCUCGCAAGCAGGAGUUACUGGAGGCUCGCUUCUUAGGCGCCAAGAUGUCAGCUGGGUCACAAAUUCAGAUGGCACCACAAACUACUGUCAACACGGGGCAGCCACUACAUAAUCAGGACUCCAAUAUGAGCACAGGGUCUUCACAUAGUGACAAAGAAAUUGAUGCUUUAACCCCUGAAAAAUCUGCUGCUAUGAGGGGCUCAACUGUUGGACCUGGUAAUGCCCUUGUACCACCAAGUGGUGCUACACCUACAAUAGCAGUGCCUGAAAGGAAAAGAAAGCGAAAAGGUGAAGAAGGCGUUGGCGGAGGUGGAGGGGGCGGUGGAAAACAAAGACAUAACUCGUCUGACAAAAACAUUCGGGAAUAUUUUUCCAAACAUCCUUCUUCAAGUCCUGUUAGACAUACUACUGGAGCUAAAUCUCCAUCACCUCAGGGCGCAAAUUAUCCUAUGUACCCACCGUCACCCUCGUCGUUGUUGCCUUCGGGAACUGACUUUUUACGUUCCACUGCGCAACCGCGACCACAUACUUCUGUUAAACAGAUUCAAACAGAACUGACAUGUCAGAGGAUACAGGAGUUAGAAACUCAAGCCUCUUCUGACUUAGAACUAAGAAAUAAUAGAAUAGAAGAAUUAACAAGGACUAAUGAAGAGCUAAAACAUCAGGUUCAAGCACAGAGCAAGGUAAUAGAGCAACAUAAAUCACACAUUAACAAAUGUAUAGAAGUGGUUAAGAAAUUGUUAAAUGAAAAGAGUUCUAUAGAAAAGAAGGAAGCCAGACAGAGGUGUAUGCAAAAUAGACUAAGGCUUGGUCAGUUUGUCACCCAACGCGUCGGUGCCACUUUUCAAGAGAAUUGGACUGAUGGAUAUGCAUUUCAAGAACUAACAAGGCGGCAAGAAGAGAUAACAGCAGAAAAAGAAGAAAUUGACCGCCAGAAAAAGUCAUUAUUAAAAAAGAGGCCAUCAAACAACGAAGGUGGUGGAGGGCGGGGUAAACGCACCUCUACCGUGUCUGCACCAACAACACCUCAGCCUCAACCAUUACACAAUGGAACUGACGCGCCCACCUUUCUUAAGCCUGAUCCACUGCCAAGUAUGACAUGGCAGGAGUACUAUGAGGCUGAUGAGAUUCUAAAAUUAAGACAAAGCGCACUAAAGAAAGAGGAUGCAGAUUUGCAGUUAGAAAUGGAGAAAUUAGAAAGGGAGAGAAAUCUUCACAUACGCGAAUUAAAGCGAAUACACAAUGAAGAUCAGAGCAGAUUCUCGGCUCAUCCAGUUUUGUCCGAGAGAUACUUACUGCUGAUGCUCCUCGGCAAGGGUGGAUUUAGUGAAGUGCACAAGGCAUUUGAUUUAAGAGAACAGCGUUAUACUGCUUGCAAGGUUCACCAGCUUAACAAAGACUGGAAGGAAGACAAAAAGGCCAACUAUAUCAAACAUGCAUUACGGGAAUACAAUAUUCACAAGGCUUUAGAUCAUCCAAGAAUUGUGAAAUUGUAUGAUGUGUUUGAAAUUGAUGGAAAUUCAUUUUGUACAGUUCUUGAAUAUUGUAAUGGUCAUGAUCUCGAUUUUUAUCUUAAACAGCAUAAAACUAUUCCUGAGCGUGAAGCACGUUCGAUUGUGAUGCAAGUAGUGUCAGCAUUAAAGUAUUUGAAUGAGAUAAAGCCGCCUGUGAUUCACUAUGACUUGAAGCCUGGCAACAUAUUGUUGACGGAGGGCAAUGUUUGUGGUGAGAUAAAAAUUACCGACUUUGGUCUUUCAAAGGUGAUGGAUGAGGAAAAUUAUAAUCCAGACCACGGUAUGGAUCUCACUAGCCAAGGCGCGGGCACUUACUGGUACCUGCCACCAGAGUGCUUUGUAGUUGGCAAGAACCCACCAAAGAUCAGUAGUAAGGUGGAUGUGUGGAGUGUUGGUGUUAUCUUCUACCAGUGCCUUUAUGGCAAGAAGCCUUUUGGUCAUAAUCAGAGUCAAGCAACAAUAUUAGAAGAAAACACAAUUUUAAAGGCAACUGAUGUUCAGUUUGCCAACAAACCCACAGUCAGUAAUGAGGCUAAGAGUUUUAUCCGAGCGUGCCUGGCGUACCGCAAGGAGGAGCGCAUCGACGUGUUCGGGCUGGCGCGGCACGAGUACCUGCAGCCGCCCAUGCCGAAGCCGCGCGGUGCGGGCGCCCCCGCGGCGUCGGCGGCGGCGGCGGCGCCCGCCUUCAACGCCGGCCUCUUCGGCGCCGGCUCGUCGUCCUAG